CUUGACACGUGAACUGAGUCAAUGUCUUUUGUCCUCAAUUUCAACGUCCAAACAUUCUCUACUACUUACUGACCAAAUGCGCGCCGGACGACAAGGGAAUCGUUCUUCUCUUCUCUCGCAUACAUUUCCUUCAUUCUACGCUUGCUAUCUGCUCAAAUCCGUGCAAACUCCUACUUCGAAAGCGACUUACAUUGGCAGCACACCGAACCCACCUAGAAGAAUCAGGCAACAUAAUGGAGAGCUAACCCAAGGAGCCUACAAAACCAAGCGAGGACGUCCUUGGAUCAUGCAACUGAUAGUCCACGGUUUUCCAUCAAAACUGGCUGCGCUGCAAUUCGAAUGGGCAUGGCAGCAUCCAAAUUUAUCCCGGCACAUUCGUGACGAGAACGGGAAGGUGUUUACAACAACUGGACGUGGUUUGAAGCAAAAUAUACAGUUGCGUCGUUUACUCAAACACUCAUGUCGAGUCGUCAUAGACGUUUUUCUUUGUUUAUAUCUUUUCUCUCCCCCUUCAUUCAGGAUAUUGCGAUUCAUGAUAUCCAUCCACCCUUAUAAUCUCUGGCCACUUCAUGUCAAAAUCUUCACACCUCAAGCGUUGAAGAUCUGGGAUGGAUUAGCUGGUACUCAAGGCAAGGGAAAGGGAAAGGAAAAAGCCACCAACUCCGCUCACGCGACAAUUCUACCCCGAGGGUUUACGCAUACCGUCGAAUUGGAAGGCGUGGAUGGGAAGUUGGCUGGUGGAAGUGGAAGAUCUGUGCCUAUAGACGUACAGGAUGAGAAAUUUACGACUACGCAUCUCAAUAAACAUAACGACCUUAUUGCGUCGAAGAAACUCCUCGAGUGUUCUGUUUGUCGUGAACCUCUCAAUAAUUACAUCUUGGACCCACUGACGCACGCCCUGUGUCCACACAAUUCGUGCAAUGGAACAGCACAUCUCUUAUGUCUUUCACAGCAUUUUAUUUCUCAAUCUCUCAGUGGUAACUAUAACUCAUCAGACGCCCCCAUGGUUCCUCGAGGUGGGAACUGCCCAUCCUGUUUUAACUUUGUCUUAUGGGGCGACGUGGUAAAAGGCUGUUAUAGGCGCUCCGCGGGAGGUGCGGUUUCGGUUGAAGAAGAUGAGGAAGCGCUGGAGAAGAUGUAUAAAUCGGACAGCUUGGCGGAAGAUACUUCGAGUCACGAUCGUGAUCCCGGUAGGGCUAAUAAUGAUAAUGCUCAAGGGAAGAAAAGGAAAGCCAAACGCGUUGUGUCGCCCAGGAAAAAACGAGAAAGGGAGGGAUGUAUAGAGAGUAGUACUAGCAGUCUAGGAGAAGAGUUUGAUUUUGAUGAGGUCGAGGAAGAGAGGUAUUCAGAUGAUCCGGAGGUUGUUGGGACAAGUCGACGGCGGAUGGCUACGUCGUCCCCGACAAAGUUUAAAAUCGGAAAUGCGCACCUAACGAUUCCGACACCUGUAACACCCUCAGCUUCAACUCGUACUCGGAAAGCUCAAACCACGCUAUUCAGCAGCAGUCCUACCCCGAGAAAACAGGUCAGAGCGAUCCGGAGUCCGAAGGAUUAUCAAGAAAGUAGUGAAGGCGAGCCCUUCGAUUUCGAUGAUGUGGAACGUUUGUCGUCUACCGACGAUGACGAGGCGCCAAAACGGAAGGUUGGUCGGCCGAAGGUGUUAAAUGUUGACGGAGCUGUAUCAGGUCCGUCAUCCCGCCCAACUGGCGCUACAAAACGACGUGGACGCCCGAGGAAGGAUAGCUUGAAUGUCGCACUGUCGAGCACAUCUUCAAAGACACCUAUGAAAAAGCUAUCCAAUUCCUCAAAGAGAAUGCUCAUGUCAAGGCCUUUGGGUAAAUUGGCAGCCGCUCCGCUCGAACCUCCGAGGUCCAACGUACUGCCUUUAUAUCUGUCAGACUCGGAUGAUGAUGUUCUGGUUCAUACAAUGUCUUCCCUUUCUGUAUCUUCUCCAUCCAGUUCAAUAUGAUAUUCAUCUCACCUGUCAUAUAGCCUUUAUCCCAUCUUGUUGUGCAUCUUUUAUUGUUUCUUGGUUAUUCGUGUGCUAGGAAUACAUACAGAUAGUAGCUAGAUAGAUCUCGUCGUGCGUGAAGUGUAACAAAACAAAAAUUGUAUAGUUGAAAUCCCCUACUAAGAUGCUUGUUUGAGUUUAGCUGCCACUUGUGCAUAUACGGCUCGAAUCAGCGG